AUGGCACGCAUGAUUCCUCGUACGCUGGCUCGCAGCAUCUUCAGGCGGUCGUACGGUACUGUGCAAGGGGCAUCGACCGCUGCUGCGACAGGUGGCCCCGUGGCGCCAUGGACUUCCCCAACUAUUCCCUCUGUUGUAAAAGAUGCCACUGCUGCCCAGGUACCCCGGACGACGUGGACGAGAGAGCAGGUUCAGCAGGUCUACGAGACUCCGCUGAGUCAGUUGACACAUGCCGCAGCCAUUGUCCACCGCCGCUUCCAUGACCCCGCUGCAAUCCAAAUGUGCACGCUGAUGAAUAUCAAGACGGGCGGAUGCAGUGAAGAUUGCUCCUACUGUGCCCAAUCUUCUCGGUACAAUACCGGUCUCAAAGCCACAAAGUUAUCGCCGGUCGAUGAUGUACUGGAGGCUGCUCGAAUUGCCAAGGAAAAUGGGAGCACCCGAUUCUGUAUGGGUGCUGCAUGGCGCGACAUGCGAGGUCGUAAAACCAGUCUGAAGAACAUCAAGGAGAUGGUCACGGGUGUACGAUCCAUGGGCAUGGAAGUUUGCGUCACCUUGGGUAUGAUUGAUUCUACGCAAGCCAAAGAACUUAAAGAUGCCGGGUUGACGGCAUACAACCACAACCUUGAUACGUCGCGAGAAUAUUAUCCAUCUAUCAUCACAUCGCGAAGCUAUGACGAGCGGCUACAGACGCUUAGCAAUGUCAGGGACGCUGGAAUAAAUGUCUGCUCUGGUGGAAUUCUGGGCUUGGGAGAAGCUGACUCAGAUCGUAUCGGGCUGUUGCAUACAGUUGCCACCUUGCCUUCUCACCCCGAGUCAUUCCCUGUUAAUGCUCUUGUUCCCAUUAAGGGCACACCCCUUGGAGACCGUAAAAUGAUCUCUUUUGAUAAACUGCUCCGUACCAUCGCCACUGCACGAAUCGUCCUCCCCGCAACAAUUGUUCGUCUGGCAGCUGGCCGUGUCAAUUUGUCCGAAGAGCAACAGGUGACUUGCUUCAUGGCUGGUGCUAAUGCUGUUUUCACGGGUGAGAAGAUGUUGACAACCGAUUGCAACGGCUGGGACCAAGAUCACGAGAUGUUCCAACGAUGGGGAUUCUAUCCCAUGAAGAGUUUCGAAAUUGAGGCAAAGAAAGAGAAAGCCGCUGGAUUGGCAGACAUAACAAGCGACACAGUCACGGUUAGCAACUAG